AUGGAGACGCCACAGCCCCGUCAGCCGGAAGAGCUGCGCCGAAAGAUCUCGACAAGCUCGCUUCUUAGGAUCCCAACCACCGAUGAAGAAGCCCCCAUCUCAGUGCAUUUCACCUCCGACGAUAGCUCGAAGCCCUGUAUUACAACUCCUCCGCCUCGUGGCCGCGAAGGAUCCCACUCGCCAACUCCAUCUAACGCCCCGCCUUCUCCCCGAGACGAGCUUCCAAAGGAUUUCGUUGCUCUUGAUGGCCUCUUGAACUAUCACCUCAGCCAGCUGGAUCGUAUAAAGAAUGAAAUCAAAGAGCACAACACUACCCUUGACCAGCUGAGCUAUACGCUAGCCAACAUGUCUACACGUCCAGAGGUUCAAUGUGCUGCUAUGUACAUGAACUGGCGUCUUCAGGGGGUUAGAAACGCGAGAAACCUCCUGGCAAAGUUUGUUGCCUUUCACCUGCAGGAGAUUGACCGUAUCUCUGCUUUAAAGCUGGAGAUGGGUGGGAAUGAUGUUCUUGAGAUGUAA